CCUACUUUUUCACCAAGGGAAAGACACUGAGGCACAAAACCACCAAACGUUUGUCCAAAAGUGGGCUGAGAGGAUGCGAGUCGCUUACCAAAUAGCUGCAAAUAACAGCCGACAGUCCUCAGCCAAAAGCAAAAAGCAGUACGACAGACAUGUAAGAGGUAUUACUCUCCAGCCAGGUGACAGAGUACUGGUGAAAAAUUUGUCAGAGAGAGGAGGGCCAGGAAAACUGCGCGCCUAUUGGGAGAAGGUAGUACAUCGCGUGGUGGAGAGAUUGGGAGAUGGACCCGUCUAUAAGGUACAGCCAGAGAGAGGUAGUAAAGCCAUGCGGGUUCUUCAUAGAAACCUCCUACUACCAGUAAACGACUUACCUUUCGAGGAAGAACUUCCUGUGGAAGAAAAGACAAAAGCAAAAAGGCAAAGACAACCUGAAAGAGAUGUCAACGAAACGGCGACCAGUAGCUCGGAUGAGGAAGAUAGUUAUACCUACCACCAUGACCUCCGGAGGAAGAUUCCAUGCUACAGACUCGUGAACCCUCAACAACAAGGACCUGCUAUUCAACAGGAGCACCCUCAGCAACAGGAAACUGUCAUUCCAAAGCAGGAUUCUCAAAGUCAGCCCAAGCUACGGGCAGCAGCAAGAGAGUUCUGUCCUCUUGACAGGCCAGAAUAUGGGGGAGAACAAGAUGUUGUGGAGGCCGAGGAGUUAGCAGAAAAAGACAUGGAGGAAAUGGAUGGAGAAAAUAGAGAAAAUGACUUUGUAAGGAGAUCACAGAGGAGGGGGAGACCAGCAGAAAGACUCACGUACAAUGCACUGGGUCAGCCAUCAUACUGUCACUGGAGGGCAGAUAUGAACACCCUUUCAGCUAGCCAACCCUGGAUGUGGACACACAGCGUCCCAUCAUUCUUUCACCCCAUCUAUUCUCAGCCGUACUACCACAAUGACUGCACACUCAUACACUAAUGGGUCCACACAUGAAGAAACAAAUGUCAGGAGACAUUCUUUUAAGUGGGGGAGAGUGUAGAGAGUUGAAAAUAGCUUUCUAGUAAAAUCUAGUAUCAGAAUUAAACUGGGGAAAACAGCCCAGUUGUUGUUGUGUUUUGUUGUGAUUGUAUCUUUGUACCUGUCAUUUAAGAUGCUAUCCUACAUCCAGCCGCUAGAGGGCGCAUUACGCGCAGUGGUAUCGAGUAGCGUUUUGGGGCACAGAGGAAGAAUAAACCUUCCUGUUGUGAAACUGGCAUCAGCUCAACGUGUGUCCCUUUUUCUAUUCUUUAUCACAGCGCCACACGUUGUUGAACAGGAAACCA